CUGUGUACAUAUAAUAUAGAUGCUCAACCUUCAUUAUCUCAAGCUGCAGAUAUAGCUUAAUUAUACAGGACUUGAUCGUUUCAUCAUGUCUCCGGCGGCCCGCGGCAGGGGCGGCGGCGGCUCCUCUAGCUACAACCUGAGAGGUUUUGUUGAGUUGUUGCGAGACCGCUACUUCUAUUCCUGGAGGAGAAGCAAUAACGUAGUGAGCAUUUCGUCAGCUGCUAAUUCAUCAUCAAUUUCAUACAAUAGCAAGCCGCCUUCGUCUUCAGGGGAUGAUCAUAGCAGCAGACGUGCUUCUGCUGAUGUAUCGAAAACAACCCAGAAAGGAUUGCAGUUGAUCAAUUGCAAGAACUGGGCAGAGCGCCUGUUUCUUGGCCCACCAGCGUCAUCACUGCCGCCUCCAUCACCGCCACCUCCGAGUCCCAGAUAUGGCUUCUCUGGUUGGGCGAAAUGGCUGCUUGGCACAAUCCUAACUGUCGUCCUGCCUUUCUGGAAGCAAAAAUGGGAGAGGUUGAAGACAAUUGAAGGGGAGGCGGAGAUAGUGGCAGAGGAGGUGGAGAGCGUGGCGGAGAUUGUGGAGCAGGUGGCGACGGUGGCGGAGAAUAUAUCGGCGGAGGUGGCGGAGAGCAUUCCUGGUUCCGGGGGGAAGCUAAAGGAGGCAGCUUUGAUGGUGGAGAGGGUGUCGAAAGUAACUGCUCAUGAAGCUCAUAUAGCCAGAGAGUUCUUGCACAAGGUUGAUAAGUUAAAGGAUGAUCUUGAUGAAUUGGAGAAGAUGGUGGAACCAAAGCCAAGACCUCCUUCAUCACCUCCUCGUCAAUACAAUAAUGCUCAAGGAAGAUUGUAAGCUUCUGUACAUGUAAAUCCCAAAUAAAUCAAGGCCAUAAUCUUUGCAUUCAAUCAAACAAUUUGUUUCUCCUAUGGUGGAGGAGACAACAUGACUCCAAGGGCAGAGUCGAAAUUGGUCGUUGAGAUCGAUGAAAUCGUAGAUAAGUUAUG